ACUGCUGCCACCUUCAGCAAGGGAGGCUCCUACAGAAAGCGACCUCUGCCCGGGAUGUUGCUGAGGACAGGAUGAUGGCCAGACUAUACUGUGUGGUAGUCACCCUACUGCUGCUGGCAGAGGUCUCUGGGUUCGAAGAAGGGGCAACCAAUCCUGGGGUUGUGGCCAGAAUCACCAGAAAAGGCCUUGCAUAUGCCCGCCAACUCGGAGUAGCCAUCCUGAAGAAGGAGCUGUCCACAAUCAAGUUGCCUGAUUUCUCAGGAAGCUUCAAAGUCAGCUGGAUUAAAACUGUGAGCUAUGACUUUUACAGACUGACGAUCCAUCGCUUCGAGCUCAGGAACUCGGAUUUGAGGCUACGCCCAAGGCAGGGGGUCAGAGCAUCCCUAUCCAAUAACUACAUGUUUGUCAGUGGGAACUGGAAGGUGAAAAAGGCUUUCGUCACCCUAGAUGGUACUUUCGAUGCGAAUGUGGAUGGCAUUUCCAUCUCAGUCUCUCUGAACUUGGGCAAGGACCAGUCUGGACGGCCCACUGCCUCUGUGGCCCACUGCCGCAACUCCAUUGGCCACAUCAGUGUUGACAUUUCUGGACAACUAAGCUGGAUCCUGAACCUCCUCCAUAAAAGAAUUGAAAACAAUUUCAAAAAUAUCUUGGAACAAAAGAUCCGCGAAAUGGUCAGGAAGUCAACCACCUCUCACCUGGAGCCCUAUCUCCGGACUCCGCCAGUUAGCUCAAGGAUUGAUCAGGUUGCUGGCAUUGACUACAGUUUAGUAGGUGCUCCCAAAGUGACUUCUCAAGUCCUAGACACACCCUUCAAGGAACCUUGGGAGGGCGAUGUGUCCUUCUGUCUCCAGGGUGAAUUCUUUGGCCAAAACUGGCACUCCCCAGCCCUCUUCGAUGCUCCGCCCAUCAGGCUGCCCGAGAAACAUGACCACAUGGUCUACUUUGCUGUCUCUGAAUAUGUCUUCAACACAGCCAGCCAGGUUUACCACCAGGCUGGGCUCAUGAACUUCACCAUCCAAAACCACCACAUUCCCCCUGGACUCUCCAAUCCACCUGCACACCAGCUCAUUCCGGGCCAUUAUUCCUCAGCUGGCUAGGUUGUACCCCAAUAUGGAGCUAGAGCUUGAGACAUCACCUGAAUCAGCUCCAUUCCUGAUGUUCACCUGUGGGAGUGUGACCCUCCUGCCGGUGAUAGACAUCCAGGCCUUUGCUCUCCUGCCCACCUCCUCUGACCGCAAGCCACUCUUCCAGCUCAGGGUGUAAGCUGAAAUUGGAACUGAAACCCCCCAACAUCCAUUUCAUCAACGUGGAGCUGAUGGAAGCCAUCUUCAAUUACUAUGCGCUCCACACAUUAUACACCUCUCUCAACGCAAAGCUUGAGGAGGGCUUCCCUCUCCCUCUGCCAAGGGACACCCACCUCAACAGUUUGGAGCUCCAAGUCCAUGAGGUCAAUGAGACGUGGGGUCUGGGUGGGAAGCUCUAAGACCUCCUGGGAGGGCUGCUUCGGGGCUGGUAGCAUUAGGGGGAGCCCCUGACUCCUACUCACAUCCUGGACCUAAUGCUCAUCGGAAAAAAUAUUUUAAAUUUUGGAGCACAGAUGGCAAGUGUUGAUUGUGUGGAAUCUUGACUUCCACAUAAGCUCAGUUUCCAGUAAUUCAGUUCAAUCACAUCAACUGAAUAUCAACAGUGUGCAGGGCCCAUUAGCCACGUAUGGCAGGAAGGGGUCAGAUUAGAUGCACCACUUCUGGGUCAAUGAGCCAGAAGCUCCUGGGUGGUGUGAGAGUGUCCCCGGGGACACCAGCCAGCCUUACCACCUACAGCAGCAAGGCCUGGUCCUGGAGCAAAACUGACCAGGCCUUUUAGGGCAAGCAACACCUCAGGAGCAGGGACAGGGACAAUGACAGUUCACUCUAUAACUCCAGAGGUACCAACGUCUUCACUGCCCAUAGUAUAUUCUAAGGUAAUCCUGGACUACAUCCUCAUAAACUAAUUAUGUGAGGGGGUAAAUUCUGGCAGCACCCAGACGUGCAUUGUUCUCCUGGGAGAAACAACUUUUGGAGGGGGACAGUGACAUUCAUGCGUGUCUUCCAGAAAUCAGACUAUUGGGAAAUGCAAAUAAAUUCCUGGGGUCAGGCAGCUAAGAGGGACAGUGUUUUCUAAAGCCCUCCCAGGCCUGAAGGCUGGGUUUUUGCCCUGACCUGGUUUUCGGGUCAAGUGAGAACUUGCCUCUCCCACUGAAGCUUUCUCUUUCAGGGAGCCCCAUGCUCCGCGGCUCAGAAAAUGAUCUUUCUGGUGGGUCCUUUUUGCCUCCUCUCCAGAACUUCUUGCUCUUGGGGGCCAACCUUGAUUAGGCUGAACACUGAGGAAGGAGCAACGUGGCUGGAGGAGGGGACGACAUCACAGCUGGGCCUGCCCCUGCCCCUGCCCCUGUAGGGGUCCGAAGGUUGUGGUCACUCUGCCUCCACCCCCAUGAGGACCUCCUCCACAUGGACGCUCGUCACCGGGGAGCCUGGGACACCCGAACACACACCUGACCGUGGCAUGCCUUCCCCGCCUUUCUCUUCCUCUUUCCUGUCCCCUUCGCAGCUGUCCUUAGCCUUACUCUGGGCAGCCUCUAGAAUAAACUUCAGUGAGCCGUGUCCAGUCACCACAGAGCUCAAAGCACCCUGCUCAGCAUUCAACAUGA